AUGAGGUUCGAGGAGGUGCUUGAGGAGGUGGGCGGCUUCCAUCGGUUCCAGGUCCUGGUUCUGUCCACGCUCUGCCUCCCGCGCUUCAUCCUGGCGCUCCACUUCCUGCUUCAUAACUUCAUCUCUGCUGUUCCUGGUCACCACUGCGCCCCCUCUGAGACCGGACCGGGACUAGACCUGAGUCUGGACCAGGACUACGGAGAGUCCCAGGGGUCCUGCUGGGUCCAGGGUCCCAACGGAUCCAGUCAGACCUGUCCCAAUGGAUGGAUUUACAACCAGAGCGACUUUAGCUCCACCACCGCAACAGAGUGGGACCUGGUGUGUGAGGACCGCCGUCUCAACCAGCUCUUGGCCACGUACUUCUUCCUCGGCGUCACGGUGGGAGCGGUGGUGUUCGGACAACUGUCAGACAGACACAGCUCCACGGCUCGUUACGCAGAUUUGUCUCUGAUGAGUGAGCCGUGGGUGAGCCGUGGGGGAGCCGUGGGGGAGCUGUGGGGGAGCUGUGGGGGAGCUGUGGGGGAGCCGUGGUGGAGCCGUGGGGAGGCUGUGGGGGAGCUGUGGGGGAGCCGUGGGGAGGCUGUGGGGGAGCUGUGGGGGAGCCGUGGUGGAGCCGUGGGGGAGCUGUGGGGGAGCCGUGGUGGAGCCGUGGGGGAGCUGUGGGGGAGCUGUGGGGGAGCUGUGGGGGAGCUGUGGGGGAGCUGUGGGGGAGCCGUGUUGGAGCUGUGGGGGAGCCGUGGCGGAGCCGUGGGGGAGCUGUGGGGGAGCUGUGGGGAGCUGUGGGGGAGCCGUGGUGGAGCUGUGGGGGAGCCGUGGGGGAGCCGUGGGGGAGCCGUGGGGGAGCCGUGGCUGAAGAAGAUUGGUGGGGGGGGGUUUGGGGAGAUCUAUGAGGCCCUGGACCUUCUGACCCGAGAGAACGUGGCCCUAAAGGUGGAGUCAGCGCAGCAGCCCAAACAGGUGCUGAAGAUGGAGGUGGCUGUGCUCAAGAAGCUGCAGGGUAAGAACCAUGUGUGCAAGUUUAUCGGCUGUGGACGAAACGACAAGUUCAACUACGUGGUGAUGCAGCUGCAGGGUCGUAACCUUGCCGACCUGCGGCGCUCUCAGCCCAGAGGCACCUUCACCAUGAGCACCACACUCAGGCUCGGAAAACAGAUCCUGGAAUCUAUCGAAGCCAUACACUCUGUGGGCUUCCUACACCGUGACAUCAAGCCGUCUAACUUUGCCAUGGGUCGUCUGCCGUCCACGUACAGGAAGUGCUACAUGUUGGACUUCGGUCUGGCCCGACAGUACACCAACACCACCGGGGAGGUCCGGCCGCCGCGGACGGUGGCGGGCUUCAGAGGCACGGUGCGCUACGCUUCAGUCAACGCUCACAAAAACAAGGAGAUGGGCCGUCACGACGACCUGUGGUCCCUGUUCUACAUGCUGGUGGAGUUCGCUGUGGGACAGUUACCAUGGAGAAAGAUCAAAGACAAGGAGCAAGUGGGGCAGAUAAAGGAGCGCUACGACCACCGCAUGCUGCUCAAACACAUGCCCUCAGAGUUCAACGUGUUCCUGGACCACGUUCAGGCUCUGGACUACUUCACCAAACCAGACUACCAGCUGCUGAUGUCGGUGUUUGAGAACAGUAUGAAGGAGCGGAUCAUCACGGAGAAUGAGCCGUUCGAUUGGGAGAAGGGCGGCUGUGACCCCACCAUGUCCACCACGGCCACACAGCCGCAGCAGAACACCCGGCCCACGGUCGCCAUGGUCGGAGCGGUCGUGACCCCAGUCCCUGGAGACCUUCAGAGGGAGAACACAGACGAGGUUCUUCAGGACGAGCACCUGAGCGACCAGGAGAACGCCCCCCCGCCUGCCCCCACGCGUCUCCACGGCGACCACCCCCCCGGCGACCAGCAGCUGGCGGACGGCGGCGAGGGCUGGGAGGACACGGACUUCAACCGCAACCGGCUCCGCAUCAGCCUCAACAAGGUGGGACAGGAUGAGGACCCGGGGGCGGUCCGAGCCGAGUCUCCGAGCGGUCAGUGCCGGUCUCUACGCUACAGGAGAGUGAACAGCCCUGAGUCCGAACGGCUUUCUGCAGCAGAAGGACGAGCUGACGGAUACGGGCCGAGGUCCCGUAUGGACAUGCUGGGCUCUCCCUCCCGUCACGUCUACUCCUCGCAGCCCGCUCAGAUGCUGUCUCUGGACCCUGGUUGCCGUGGAGACCGUCAGACCAGCGGGCGCCAGGAGGGCUCCGUGGCCUCGGUGGACCAGGAGGCGCACAGCAACGCCUUCAUCCGCUCCGUCCCGCUGGCCGAGGAGGAGGACUUCGACAGCAAGGAGUGGGUCAUCAUCGACAAGGAGACGGAGCUCAGGGACUUCCAGCCCACCACCUCCGGCACCACGGAUGACGAGCCCGAGGAACUGCGCCCCCUGGAGGAGACCGAGGAGAGGCGCAGGCUCCGGCAGGCCGCAGGUUCGGGCGAGCUGGUGGUGCGGCCUAAGACCCACACUCGGGAGAGCAGCCGGAUGCUGACGCUGACGGAGGAGGAGGCGUCCCGCAGGAGCACCGGGAGCCCCGCCCAGUCGCCCUGCCACUCUCUGCCUUCGGGACGGCCGCGGCGCCGAGAGUCCGAGCCCAUUGGACCACAGCGACCGCUGGAGGAGGAUCGGCACGGCGCGCGCCCUAACCAGCUGCGGCGCCUGGCCUCCUACGUCUUCUCGUCGUCGACGCUGGAGCCGGAGCAGUACCCCCACGGCCCCAACCACGCCUUCAUCCAGCGCAGCCGCUCCGCCGAGAGCAGCCCUGCGCACCUGGCCGGCUCAGGGCGGCCACGGCCACGCCAGCACGGCACGCUGCCUCGCCACAGACACUCCGUGCUCAACGCGUCGCGCUCACAGCUGCAGCAGAUGUUCGCCAAGCUCAUGAACAAGAACAACAAUGGCGCCGCUAACAGCUAA